AUGAACUCCAAUAGUACCAUCGGAAGGACCACCCUUGGAGAAUCUGAUACGAUAUCCCUGUCAUUCAGUGAACCAAGUAGCAGUCUGAAUUCACGAUCAACGGAUGUUGUCUUCGCAUCUACUUCAACUUUAGUACCCCAACAAGGAAGUCUGACCUCAUUACCGCCCGUGUCUAGUACAGCUACUCCUACAUAUUAUUCUACAAGCUUAACAUAUGAUGAGACUUUGCAUACAUCCAUUGAUGUAUCUUCGACAAGUACUUUAGUAUCAUCUACCGACAGCAGUUCAUCGAGCGAGCAAGAUACGUAUAGUUCCCAAUAUGACCCAGCUACCUCCUCAUACUCAAUAAUUACACCAUCCAUGUCCAUUUUCUCAUCGACGUCACCAAUGUCAUCAUCGUCGUCAAUAACGUCGGAAUGGUCAUCGUUAACAUCAACAACACCAACGUUAUCGUCAUCAGCUACAUCGCUGUCAUCAUCAUGGUCGUCGUUAUCAUCACCAUCUUCGUUACUGGUAUCGUCCUCGUUGUCAUUAUCACUAUCUUCAUCAUAUUCAGACACUAAAUUGUUUUCGUUCGACAGCAGAUCUUCUAUUUUCUCACCAUCAACACCCACCGUAAUAUCCCCUAGUUACACAUACUUGUCUUCCAUAUCUGCAACUUCAUUUCAAAUUAGUACCACUUCAGAACUCUCUUCUAGUUGGUUCUCAACAAUUUCUUCUCCUUCUACGAUAUCAAAUAAAGAUACCACAUUCCCAAGUUCCAGUCGGAAUACUUCCACAUCGUUUUACAGUUCAUCGCUUUCAUCGACGAACGAUUUUUCAACCAUAAGCAAAUCAUCGAAACUCAGUCCAUCAGCUUCAUCUUCGACAGUUUCCAUAAGCACGAUUUCCGUGCCAACGUCAAGUUCUGUUAGCUCAUCCAGCAGUAAAGUACCUUCAAACCGUCCUUCAUCAUCAUCAUCAUCAGAUGAUACAACAAGUGCUUACUCAAGCACGUAUACUUUUCAGUCCUUACAAUCUACUACUAGCAGCAGUAUACCACCCACCACUCAAACACCCAGCACUAGUACGAUUUCUACGUCUCCCAUACCAACAUCCAGUCAGGUCUUCAAUACGGUAGCCAUUUCAAGCUCCGAAGAUUCAAAAACUAUUUAUUAUUUCUAUACCCAAACAUAUGAUAUUACUGACUCCUCUACAACGUUCGUGACGGGAUUACCUACGACCAUAGCAGUUGCAAAAAGUGAGGUAACCUCAUUUUCCGCUCCAUCUUCGACGAUCACAGCUGACAUGUCUUUCUAUCAGCACUGGCUUGAUGGCAGUUUGGAUAAUAACAAAAACCAAGGCACUUCAAAGACAAAUACUGGUACCAUUGUUGGAAGUGUGGUAGGAAGCGUCGGUGGUAUUCUUAUAUGUGUACUAGUAGUUUGGUUCAUGCUGGUUAGAAAAAGGAAGGCAAAGAGGCAUUUCAAGGAAAACGAUUCCUUCUGUCACGAGAUUGGGCGCAGAACGGGAUUCCCAACAACUGCCCAAGCAAAAGAGGCGUCACUUCAAGCUCAAGACUCGGGAUCACAGCAACGAAACACCGAGACUGCUUCUGCUAAUAAUCCGUUCAGCAACGAAUUCAAUUUUAAGGCAAGAGGAAAUCCUCCUCCAGUGCCACCACCAAGGAAUGUUACCGCAAUGAAUGGCUCCUUUCAAAAUAUGCGGAGUAAUUUCAUGGACCAGGAAAACAGAUUUUCCUAUGGCUCUUCAUUUACAUAUUCGUCAUUGGGUUCAUCUACUCAAGGUGGCUUUUCUACUUUAUCUUCAAAUUCGAUACGACUCGGACGUGGUUUAGAUAAUGACAUCUCUCAUGAUGAGAGAAAUACAGUUCAGAACAAUUCACAAGGGUUCUUGAGGGAAAUUAUAUGA